GCACUCCUCUCUGCUCUCAUUGGCUAGAGUGGGAGGGAGAGACUGACGCAGGGAAAGUCAGAUGGGAAAAUGACAUUUACGCUGCCGUGAAUCAAUCCUUAAACCCUGAGCUGGUGUGUGUGUGUGUGUGUGUGUGUGUGUGUGUGUGUGUGUGUGUGUGUGUGUGUGUGUGUGUGUGUGUGUGUGUGUGUGUGUGUGUGUGUGUGUGUGUGCGUGUGUGUGUGUGUGUGUGUGUGUGUGUGUGUGUGUGUGUGUGUGUGUGUGUGUGUGUGUGUGUAAAUAAAUAAAGCUGGCUCACAUCAGAGGUAUUAUAGGGAUGAUCACAAGGACGAGACACACACCUGAAGCCAGCUAAGUGUGUGCCUGUGGAAUCCCAAGAAGAUUUGAAUUUUUGUUUUUGAACAUAACACCCAAUCUGUUGGUUCGACUCAACCACCAGAGCUCAAUGGGAGCUGUGAAGUGACCAGUGCCUCGCUUUGGAUGUUGCCUCAUCUUGACCUCUGGAUGUGCUCUUGAUGCUUUGCUGUAGUCUGGGACACUGGCGUAGAGAACUGUCCACCUAUGGUUCGGCGGACCGUCAGGACUCAGGGGCUACUGAGGAGAAGGAAAAAAAUGCUCAGGUCCAGCUGGAUAAGGCCAAGUCUAAACCUGUUGCAUUUGCUGUACGCACAAACUACACCUACACCCCUGCCGACGAUGACAAUGUUCCUAUCCCAGGACAUGGAGUUGCUUUUGAGGCUAAAGACUUCCUUCAUGUCAAAGAGAAAUUCAACAACGACUGGUGGAUCGGGCGGCUGGUGAAAGAAGGCGGUGAAGUGGGAUUUAUCCCAAGCCCAGUAAAUCUGGAGACCAUUCUCAUUCGGAGAGAAGUGCAAGCCAGAAAGGCUGCCAAAGCUCUAGCCAACAAAGCAGCAAGCUCUGCCAAAGAUGAUAUGAACUCGAAGAAAGUCACUCCUCCUCCAACAGUUCAGCAAGUGAAGAAGAAAUCAGGGGAACAACUGGCAGCAUAUGACGUCGUGCCUUCCAUGCGUCCCGUCGUGCUGAUGGGGCCUUCACUCAAGGGUUAUGAGGUUACAGACAUGAUGCAGAAGGCCCUCUUUGAUUUUUUAAAACACAGAUUUGAAGGCAGAAUAACCAUAACUCGAGUGAUGGCAGACAUUGCUCUUGCUAAGCGUUCAAUCUUAAACAACCCCAGCAAACAUGCUAUAAUGGAUCGCUCGAACACACGCUCUAGCCUUGAUGCCGCUGCUCAGAUCCAAGGGGAGAUUGAGAGGAUUUUUGAGCUUGCACGUAGCCUGCAACUAGUGGUUCUGGAUGCAGACACUAUAAACCACCCGCUCCAACUCAGCAAGACCUCCCUGGCCCCAAUUCUCGUCUAUGUCAAGAUCUCUUCUCCCAAGGUUCUCAUCAGGUUGGCACCUGUUUUGAAUGACAAGGAUUCGCAGAACAUCCAGUAUUCACAGAAUCACCUAGAUAAUGUUCUCACCAGGUUGAUAAAGACCAGAGGGAAAUCCCAGACCAAACAUCUCAAUGUUCAGAUGGUUGCUGCAGAUAAACUUGCACAGUGUCCCAAUGAGAUCUUUGAUGUUAUCUUAGACGAGAACCAACUGUCAGAUGCUUGUGAGCACAUAGCUGAGUACUUGGAGACUUACUGGAGAGCCACUCAUCCCCCAGAGGUGGAGACAGCCAAGCCUUCACAGGAGCCUAUAGAGAGCACGGUACCCAGCAGCCCCACGCCUGCUAAGGAUGAAUCCAAAAGCAAGCGGACGAUGGCUACUAAGAGGAAAGGAUCUCUGGAGAACCAACUAGAACAUCCACAGAAUGAGGAGCAGAAAGAGAAUGAAAAAGAAGUAGUGAGGGAAGAGGCGGCUGAUGAGGAGCGGCUACUGAAGAGUGAGCCGAAGAGAUCCCAACUUAUCCACCAUCACCAUCGUCACCACCACCAUCACCAUCACCGCCGCACCAGUACAGAACACACCGAACAGCACAAUCACCACCCUGCCCACUUACAAAGCAUGGACAUCGAUAACAUAGCCAGUAAAAACUCAGAUCCUCAGAGCCAUCGUGCACUACUAGACAAAGAAGAAUUGGACCAAACUGAGGCAACACAGAUUACAACCCAUAAAGACCAAAACCACCAACACCACCAACACCACCAUCACCAUCGCAAGAGCACGGACAUUCAAAAUGACUAUAGACAAGACUAUAAGCUGAAGCACAAUCAGCGCAACAGGCAGCAUAGUCAUCAGAGACAGCUACGCUCUCCUAAUGAACAGAUGCUGCGCUCCGUUCAUGAACAGACACUGCCUUUACACCACUACGAGUCAUCUAAACAUUACUACAGCCUUGAUCACUACCAGGGCCAAGAGCGAAACAGGGACAGGAACAAGGAGAGGGACAACGACAGACAUGAUGAGGCUGGAAAGAGGAGGAGAGAUGUAUACAUUCAUCACUGACUGAUGCAGUGGAAAUGCAGUGUGCUGAUGCUGCUAUGUGAAACACACAGUUAAUUCCAAUACUUGUACUGUACAAAGGUCUCAUCGAGAGCAUGCACAAUGUAAAAAUAUUUUACAUGACAUCUAUUUACUUUCACUGGUAGGCUAAAUCUUACCAGAAUGAUUUAAUGCUAAAUAACGCUAAAGACAGUGCUUUGCAAGAAAAACCAAUCAGUAACAAAGCGUCUAAAAGGCUUUUACACCGUAGCCAAUUUACAGACGUACAAGGUUUCAACAACCGUGAAAUUUAAAUAUUAGACAACCUUUUGCUUCCACACUCUGCUUUAAGAAACUACAGAAACCAUUUUUUCUACCUAUAUUAUAUAUUAUAUAUAUUUUGACAAAACUUCUUUUACUGGAUUUUUAUUUAUUGUCCACAAUCUGGCAUCUCAGUGAUCUAAUCAUCAAAUGCUGUAAAUGUUGUUGGUGUAGUUUUGGAUUUUAUAAGAACCCAAUACAUGUAAAAUCCUGACAUGCUAACCAACACUUUUUCAUGGUAGCUUGCAAGCCUGAAUCUAAAAUUGAGAAACAUUUGCACAUUAAAAAUGCCUCAGAGGAUAUCGACGGGACCGCCGAUCGAUUGGCACAGUACAUCUAUUGGCAUUUACAGUAUGCACUUUGUUUGCUUUCUCACUUCCAUUUUUUACAUUUUCAUUCUUUCAGCUAUAUUCUUUCAGUCAUUCGCAACCUCUCCGGCUUUCUGAGAAAGAUCAUAUAGCAGCUGGUGAUUCUGAAAGUACAUUUUCCUGAUCAGAUCUAUAAAUAUGGUGCCAUUGCAUACUUCUUAAAUUCUGUAUGACUGCAUCAUAAUAUUGCACUUUUUUUUUAAGCUAAACUGUCUGUGAUACUAUUGUAAAUGUUUUAACCAUUACUGUAUUUAUUUAUUUAUUUUUGAAUAAUUAUUUAACGGUAUCAGAAAAAAUCAUAAGGACUGGAUUUUCCCCUUGAAUUCCUCUUACUGUAUUUGAAGAUUUUGCACUAAUCUUGACUUCUAAUAAAGAUUGAAGUAUUUGCACACAUUCAGUAUUGUCCCAGGGCAUAUUCCUUUACUUCCCUGACACAGAUAACAACAGCUAUCUAUCUAUCUAUCUAUCUAUCUAUCUAUCUAUCUAUCUAUCUAUCUAUCUAUCUAUCUAUCUGUCUAUCUGUCUAUCUAUCUAUCUAUCUAUCUAUCUAUCUAUCUAUCUAUCUAUCUAUCUAUCUAUCUAUCUAUCUAUUCGUUCAUUGCCUUAAUAUGGUAGUAUUUUUAUAUUCUCUAACCAUUCUCAAGAUCUAAUAAAGAUGAUCUUAACACAUACCGAGCAUGAUCAUUAGUUUCUGACAGGAUUUUAGCAAACAGCUUGGUUUGUUUACACCUAUUGGCAAUUCAAUGUUUUCACACUUCAGUAUGUGCCCCUUUUAACUAGUGAUGUAGUAACAUAAACUCCCAUGGAGCACUCUGGUAUAUUUCGUUGUCUUUACAGUCAUCCCGGUUUUAUAAUUCAUCUCAAAUUGUACACCAUUUGAACAUUUGACACAACUUGAACUUGAGCACUGUUCUUGUUUUCAGGCCUAGAGAAUAUUAUUACUCUAUGCAUAAAUUUGUAAUAAUUUCUAUGCAUUUGUGUGUACCUCAUUAAUGCCUUGGUAGAUUUGGAUUGAUAGUGAAUAGAAGAUUGUGUGUGCUGUAACAUCCUAUUUAUCAGAAUAAAACGUGCUAGAAUGGAUUGCUUAUUUAUACUUUUCUUUAUUUUACAUUGCCACUUGGUGGCACACGUCAUUAUCCAGAGGGACUUAGAGACUUUUGAGGUCUCUGUCAGUAAACACAUCAAUACUAGUUCACUAGGUCAUGGAUUAAUAAUACCAUUAUUUUAACAUUCUAUAAUUCAUUGUCAU